GAUGUACCUGCAGAGAAAAGCAGAUCAUCAUAUCUUCGGAAAGAAAAGUAUAGCACUAUAAAGUAUACACAUAUAUAUAACCACCAGUUUUUUCCUGCAGUGAAGUCAAUCAAUUGAUAGAUGCAUGGCAGCCAAUACACCAAGAACUAGCUCACCGGGAGGAAGACAGGCAUACAUGGACAAGCGUCUUCUGAACGCAGCCAGCACUGGUGAUUCCACAUCAAUGAGGCAGUUGGCUGCACAGAAUCCAAGCAUUCUACUUGGAACAACUCCACAGGGGAACAAUUGCCUCCAUAUAGCCUCCAUCCAUGAUCACCGGGGCUUCUGCGAGGACUUCCUGCAACAGGAGAAGUCUCUCCUCUCAAAUGUCAAUUAUGAAUCUCUCCUCGCAAAGGUCAAUUUUGAGGGGGAGACUGCACUUAUCACAGCCGUUACACUUGGCCAUGUUUCACUGGCUUCUUUUUUACUAGGAUGCUGCCAUCAGCUAGAAUUGAGGCAGGCGAUCUUACAACAAGACAUGUAUGGAUUUAAUGCACUGCACCAUGCCAUUCGCAAUGGCCAUAAGGAUCUUGCGCUGGAGUUGAUAGCAAAAGAGCCCGUGCUGUCGCAAGCAAUGACCAAUUUCAACGAGUCACCAAUGUUUAUCGCCGUGAUGAGAAAUUUUCAGCAAGUUUUCAAGAAGCUACUGGAAAUUCCUUAUUCUUCUCAUGAGGGAAAGAAUAGCCGCAAUGCUCUGCAUGCUGCAGCUAGAAAUGGAAAUGAAGAUGUUGCUAAAGAAAUUAUGGAGAAACGACCUGCGUUAGCCAGAGAGGCUGACAAGGCUGGGAAUACUCCAACAAUGCUGGCUGUGAUUUAUACCAAGGUUGGAGUACUACGAGUAUUGCUGGAACAUGAUUCUUCUUUAGGAUACGAAAUAAGCAAACAAGGUAAUGCGCUCCUUUGCGUUGCCGCGUCUCGAGGUCAUGUUAAGGUUGCCACAGAGCUGCUUGAGCAUUGUCCAGAUGCUCUUUAUCACAAUACACGCGGAAAUCUCUUUACAUGCCUUCAUGAAGCUGUACAGAAAGAUGAUAUGAACUUCGUCCAAUUUAUCCUGAAGAAGAAACAACUCCGAAAAGUCAUCAACAUGCAAGACAUCGAUGGAAAAACCGCUCUACAUCAUGCAGUCCAGAAGUGCAAUCCUAAGAUGGUUGCUGCUUUACUGUCCUGCAAGGAUAUAGACAAGACAGUGAUUGACAAUAUUUCUGGUUCAGCAGUUCGGGAACUGUCGCACAACAUGCAUAGUGCCAAGACUUUGAACUGGAACGAAGUAAUCAUGCGUAUGUCGGAAGCUGAUCGACAAGAUGCUACCGCUCUUCAUAACCUCUACGUGGAGGCCAGGCAACUGGCAAUUUAUGAAUCAAGGAAGAAUGUGAAGUCACUAACUAAAACAUACACAACCAACACCUCAUUAGUGGCGAUCCUCAUUACGACAAUCACCUUUGCCGCUGCUUUCACUCUGCCUGGAGGAUACAGCAGUGCUCCUGAAAGAGAGGGGCUUCCUGUCAUGUCUCGGAAGGUUGCAUUUAUAGCAUUCUUGAUAUCUGACACCUUAGCAAUGUGCUUCUCAUUUUCUGUGGCCUUCAUAUGCAUCAUGGCAAGGUGGGAAGAUUACGAAUUCUUGACUCAUUACAGAUACUUCACUAAGAAGCUCAUGUGGAUUGCAUAUGCGGCAACAACUACGGCUUUCUCAACUGGUUUAUACACGGUGCUGGCUCCACGUCUCCACUGGCUGGCCAUUGCGAUUUGUGUUAUGGUAGCUGCGUUGCCCAUUGUCACUAAGCUACUAGGCAAAUGGCCUGUUUGGAGGCUCAAAAUUAGGCUGGGUAAAAAAUACAAGCAUGAUCUUCUUAGCAUGGUUUGACCUCAUCAAUUUGUAUUAUGGUUAUGCUUUCUCAAUAGUACUUCUGAAUUUGUAAUAAAUAUUAUCAGAAUCCCAAAAUUGUGGUGAAGUGCUUCCAUCACUGUAGAGACGAAGCCAAGAGUAAGUUCCAUACUUUGCAUCAAACCUGGUAGAGCUUGAACAGAUCUAUUUCUGCUGGUGUUUGUGGAAGUUGUGUGAAACUGAUACAGUGUGACUAGUACCAGCAGGCCAUGUUAAUUGCAAGCAUUAUUAAUAGUUUUCCAGAAGUUCAAUCCUAGAAUGAUGUGUCAUAAUACAACUAAAAAAACCCAUGAGUAUGGCAAAGUAAUCUUUAGGACGCGUAUAAGAUAUAAGCAUGUGAUGCGUAGUAACUAGUAACCACUUCUGCUGAGGCAGAUCUUCCGGAACAAGCUAUAUAAGGACACCUAUAACGGAAAUUUCUUCUGUAGGCCGAGCUCCAUGGAGGCCUCCAAAUGAAAAAUUCAAAAUUCAUACUUUUACAUUUCAAAAAAGUUUGAAAAAAAUUACAAAGAUAGAUGAAUGCAUAACACCCAUGUGUGUAAAUUUUCAGGGCAAAAUACAUUAAAUUGAGGCCUGUGAAAAAAAAAUCUCAGGCAUUUUAACACAUGAUACUAUUCGUCCUCCUAGGCCAUGAAUUUGUCUUUUUUAUACAGAUCGUAUUUCAAGAUAUCUCAUCCUAAACAUUUACACACAUACACAUAACAUCCUUGCUUACUUGCACAAUAUUUUUCAGAUUUUAUUGAAACCGAAAAGUUUGAAUUUGGAAGUCUUGAAAAAAUUUGAGCUCCAAUGAGCUCGAUCACCAAACGUUCGUUCUCCACCUGUAAGGCCAUCAAACCAUAUGUAUGUUUCUAUAUUGUUGGCUUAAUAAAUACUCCCUCCGUUCACAAAUAUAAGAUCUUUUGAUAUUUUAAUAUGGACUAUAUACGGACUGAACUGAGUGAGCAAACACACUAAAACGUGUCUAUAUACAUCCGAUUCAGAAGAAGUUGAAACAUCUUAUAUUUACGAAUAGAGGAAGUAGCAGUUUAAUAGUAUGUGCUAAAAAAAUCAUUUCCCUGUACAGAAGAUUCAAAUUUAUUAUGUUCUUGUUACCUCAUGAGUAGUACCAACACUAAACCUUCAACAUCAGAGUU